AUGUUUGCCAAUUGGAAUUCGAAAGGGCGAAACCGCUCAGUGCGUGCCAAAAUAUGUGGAGAGAGUUUGGAUGUGCAGGUGAUCAGUUUCCCCUUUUAUAUUAUAUUAUAAUCUUGAAUCAUUUUUCAGGGGUUGUUCUUCAUCGUCGCAAUUUCACCUUUCGGUGCCCUGCUCGAAGUGGCCGUGCUCCACUUUUUUCUAUUCUCAGAUGAAAUUGACAAAUAUGAGGUCGAUUAUCCCGGAUACACUUGUGAACUUCUGCGCAAAUUUAUUCCCGCCUGCAUUUACACUGUAACUUUUCAUCGUUAUUAUGGGGCUAUUCAGCGUAUGUUUGUUUUCCGCUUUUUUUUCGUUUUUUUACACCGCUAGCGGUCUCCAGAGCUGACAAUGGGCGCAAGUGCGCCCCGCCCAAUAGAGCGAUACAUUGGCGCGAAGUUUGAAUUUUAACAGCAAAAUUUGUGUGUUUUUUGCCAGAUUAGCCACGAAAAACCGAUAAUUUCUCAUUUGUCUCUCGAUAGACCGAUUGUAUUGGCUAUUACGAAUUUUUUAAGCGCGAGAGCGUAAAAUUUGGUCAAGCCGCAAAUCACAUUUAUCCGUUUGAGGGUUUUUGGCUAAAACUGCCUGAAUUUUAGUUGCUUUUCAGUAGUUUUCGCUGUUCGAGCGCUCAAAAUGAUUGUAUUUACGUGAUUUAUCAUUCUCAAAACCAAUUUUGUCUGAAAACGGUCAAGAAAGCGCAAAAUGAGAAGUGCGGUUUUUAGGCGGCGAUCGGCAAGCAAAGUCCGCGAAAAAUGUGCCAAAACGUCAUUAAUUCUGUGAGAAUUAGUGUGUUCUCAUGUCGAACAAUCAUUUUUCAUCGCCUUUGACCACAAAAAUCAGAGAAAACCUGCUCAAUUCAUGAAAACGCCAUUUGGCCGCGGCCACGCCCAUAUUGUCAGCUCUGGAGACCGUGCCGCUGAAUUUGGUUUUUUGACGUAAAAAAAACGAAAAAAAACGGGAAAAAAUCAUAUUUUUCACAGCCAUUAUUAUUAUAAUCGGGUCAUGAAUUGUCAGGCGAUCAUCUCCCUGAUUGGCUUCUGGGUCUACUGCAUUCCAUCCAAACUCUUCCGUACUUUCGCCUUUCUCGCCGUUCGUCCCAUUUCUUUCUGCUCAUUCACUCUUUCAGUGAAUUCAGAUUGCCAUAGGUAUUCUGCUCAUCAGCUAUUCUUUUAAUCCGUACUACGAUUAUAUUCCGGGAAGGAUUCAGGGCAAUUUUGAAAUAGGACGUUCGUUUUUGAGGUUUCUCCUUCUCCAAACACACAAUUUUUCAGCAUUCUCCUGCUACGUUCUGUUAUUGGUCAUUUUUCUGAUUCCCAGUUCAUUCGUCUGUGCGUGGCUUUUCUGCAAAAUGAGGUGAUCGAGAAGGAAUUUGAAAAACGUGUGAUUUUCGAUGAAUUUCAGUAAAAUCAGGAUCCGCAAUGAGUACGACGGGGACGACGUGUACGAAGUGAUCUACGGGGAAGAGACGAGUUCGACGAAAAAGGCGAUACUUUAA